UGGCAUUCAUUCCAUGAUUUAUGCAUAUUGUGAAUUAUUAAAACAUUCCCAAACGUCGGGCGUACGUUUUAUGCACGGUGGUAUAAGAAACGGUGGAACUUUAUGGAACAACUUUAUUUUGAUCACAUAUAGAUGGACACCCAAACAAACAAAUACAUAAGUUCUACCGCUUGCUUUUAAACUUAUAUCAUUCCCUUUUGUGCACUAUUUUACUGGCUUUAAUUUUAAAAAAGAAGAAACGGCGUAGAAGAAACAUCCACUGCUUGGACAACAUACACUUAACGGCGAAGUGAAUUAUACCCGUGCGCAUUACGAAGAUUUUCAGAGUAUUAAACCCCACUGGGUUUAUCCAUCUGAAGGACUUUAGCGCCUAAAAGAUAUAGUUAUCCGACAGACCUGGUCUGGCUACCGUGUGUUGUAUUCUGGAUAUUAUUUUUACAGUUGGAUCGAUUUGAAAGUUCGAUAAGGCCUCAGAAAUCCUGUGCUUAAUUUGUACAAACAUUGUGCUUAAUGUGACAUGCAUUAUAAGUAGGGGAUAAAGAGUUUGUCUCCUUUCUGUUAAUUUGUCAAUAAACUUCUGGUUAGUUUGGCACUUGUUUAAAUUAUAACAAGGAAAUAUCGCAAACAUGACGGACUCCUACUUGGUACCAAGACCCAGGACUACAGAAAUGACCUUCUGGUCCCGCUAUGACCCUGUCGCCCAGCCUCGGCGAAGCACUGACCACUGGACUAAGAUGAAACAGAGGGCUAUCCAGUACCGAUCCCUGGACAACCCGGACGGCAUUGGAGCUCCUAUGUCCAUGGAUCGCCAAAAUUAUGCACGAGGCGGAUACGGACGGACGAGCGAACUGAGCGACAAAACAUUCGAUGAUCUGAUUGCAGACGCGCUUCAGGGAGCCAUGCCUGGCAGUUACAUGUACACACGUCCCCGGAACUCGGUGAGUAGGGAGUCGACCAGAAGCGCUUUCAACCAGAGGGCGAGGGAUGGAUUCAGAUACUGGCUUAUUGAAAGACCCAAACCUACCAGCUUUUGGAAAUAUUCUUUUGCCGACCCACGCCUAAUGCCCCGGGCCCGAAGAUUUAUGCCGAAAUAGUCGGGAAAUACGGUAUCGGGUCGUACAAGACAGUCCUUGGCGUGGGCAACGCACCCAGAAGUUAAGCGUCAACGCAACACAGACAAUCGUUUUAGCAGUAUUAUAGAUUUAAAUAUCAUGACUCUUAUUCUACAAAAAACUAUGUUAUAAAUUGAUUUUUUGAUUUUAAUGCCAAAGCAUAUAUGUUUUGUUGUUGUUGUUGUUGUUUAGUCUUCUGUUCUAAUGUGUAUGUAAAUAAAACGUGUUUUUUUUUUAAAUUAAAUUAAAUUCAUGGUUUUAAAGGAAGGGUAACGGGACUUUCAGAAAAGCUCCUUGGCCAAAUGUAAUCAGUAUUUGUUUUUUAAUAAACGACAACUAUUAACAUGUUUUAUUUUGAUAUCUUUGUGUCU